AUGGCAGCUGAAGUGAGUUCUCUGGUUAGAGUAAUGAACGGUGGUGAUAAGAAUGAUCAAUCAGGUGGUGGUGGUGGGAAAUCAACGGCCCUGAUUACGAAGGAUUUACUUGGUGGACGUUGUAAUCUUGAAUCCAAAGAGUUAGACCUCGACUUGCAAGUACCCUCUGGCUGGGAAAAACGACUUGACUUAAAGUCGGGGAAAGUUUAUAUCCAGAGAUGUAAUUCUUCAAACUCAUCCUCGUCGACUUCAGAGAAUAAGCAGCAAAAGGCAAAAUCAGUUGCAAAGUUUCAAGACCUCAACUUCCCUCUGGCAUCAAAUGAACCACUGAAUCUUUUUGAUGAGGCUGGUUUAGACUUGAAGCUGGUUCCAUCGUCUACCUCAUCGCCUUCGUCAUCCAAUUAUCAAAGUGUAUGCACUCUAGACAAAGUAAAGUCUGCACUUGAGAGGGCAAAGAAAGAAACAUUUAGGAAACGCUCAAUAUCAAUGUCGAAAUCAUCAUCACCACCUUCAAAUUCUUCAUCCUCGGUUAAAGAUAGUGAUAUUGAUUAUGAAGAGAAGUCAUCGGGCUCGUUAGCUGCUGGCUGUCCCAGUUGUCUGAUUUAUGUGCUAAUAUCAAAGAGCAACCCAAAAUGCCCACGAUGCAACAGUAUUGUUCCAUCGCCGGUGGUAGUCAAGAAACCUCGAAUUGAUCUUAACAUAUCUAUUUAA